AUGUCAGACCCAGUCGCAAGAACAGAAGACCUCAUCGAAUGGCUCCGGGCCAAGGGUGGACAUUUUCACCCCUCUGCUGAGCUCAGAAAAGACGACACCACCGGCAUGUCAGUCUUCUCCAAAGCCUCUUUUGGAGCAGACGAGAAGUACGUCUCAUGUCCUUUCGAUCUGGCGGUUACCUGCGAGCUUUCGACGAAGGCGAUUUGCGAGAUCGCAAAGCUGGAAGACAAGGACCUGGUCUGGCCGGCAGGGACAGCGAAAGAGGGAGAAGAGUGGAGUGAGAGGAUGAGGAUCUGUGCAUAUCUUGGCCUGCACUGGGUGUAUGAGGACAAGCCAAAUGAGGAAUGGCCUUCCGCGCUGGCGCACCAAGAGUAUCUGGCAUCCCUUCCUCUCCCUGAGGAGUUGACCACUCCUCUGUACUACAACGAGCAAGAGCUCAGUCUAUUGCAAGGGACGAAUCUGCUUGGAGCAGUACAGGAUAGGAAGAAGGAGUGGUCUGCCGAGUCGGAAGUUCUCAGAGCCGUUCUCAAGGAAGAGGGUUUGACUUGGGACAGAUAUUUGGCCACCGCUACAUACAUGUCUUCCAGAGCCUUCCCUUCCAAAUUGCUUGAACUGCCCAAGGAUGGUGAAACCUCGGCACAAGCUUCUAGUCAGGACAGGGUGUCAAAGCCCAUCCUGCUUCCUGGCGUAGACAUUUUCAACCACGCACGUGGACAGCCCAUCGUUUGGCUAUCAGCUCUCACCGCCUCUCCCAUCUCUUCAGACCCCAUUCCCUCCAUAUCUCUCGUCUCCACGAAAGACUCUCCCGCCGAUACCCAGCUGUUCAACAACUAUGGCGCCAAACCCAACGACGAGCUGCUACUCGGUUACGGCUUCGUACUAGACCCCAACCCCGACGACGUCGUCAACCUCCGACUCGGCAGCGCGUCGCUUCCUCCAGCGGUGACCGAGAAGCUCAAGGAGAAGGGGCUCGAUGCUGCCGAGAGGUUUGAAGUGAAGAGAGACGGAGUGAUUCCGAAAUCUUUGCUGGAAGUCAUGAGAGUCAUGCUGUCUGGCGGUGAAGAUGAGCAUGAUCAUGAUUGCGAGGAAGAGCACGGCGAGGAUGAGCAUGCUAUGUAUGAGCAGGAGGCCAAGGAAAUGGAGCUGGAAUUGGAUGUGUUGGGUAUGCUGGGAGGAAUGUUGGAUGACAAGCUGGAAAAACUGGAGGAGAGUGAGGCUGGAGUGGGCAAGGUGAGGGCGGACGUUGUGAAGGCUUGUGCUGUCUACAAACAAGGCCAAAAAGAUAUCCUGAAUACUGCCAUGGACAAGAUCUCGGAGCGUAUAGAGCGUAUAGAAGGUCUGAUGGACGAGGGUAUGGGCGGAUGUCCUUGCUGCUCAUGA